AGAAGGAGAAGAAAAAGAAGCCUUCGAGGCGCUGCUGAAAUGGCGCAGUGUUCAGAACAUCCAAGAGACCACAGUCCCGAUGGUGAUCGUCCCAACAUGAGUGAUCUGAGGAUUGUUCUGGUUGGGAAGAACGCAUCAGAAAACAACAGAGUGGGAAAGAUAAUCUUAAAUAAAGAAGUGUUUGGAAAGAAAUCAUCCUAUGAUGUAGAGGAGCUCAGAGAAAUAGUGGAGGGGAGAAACAUCACAGUCAUCAGCACAACUCAUCUGCUCGAAUCAUCUCUCACACUGUCACAAAUAACACAGAAAGUGUCAGCAGUGUGUCCUCCUGAACCGUAUGUGAUCAUCCUGGUGCUGCAGCAUGAUGAUUUCAGUGAGAAGAAAAGAGACAGAAUACCUUCAGUGUUGAACUGCUUUGGUGAACAGGCGAUGAAGAUCACAAUGAUUCUGACUACUGAUGAUGAGACGCGCAGUGGUAAACAGAAAUCUGAAAAUGAACAUAUUCAACAAAUAACUGAAGAAUGUGGAGGACGACGUCUUCAACUUCAAAACACACAACACUCUCAAAUACUGCAAAAAGUGGAUGAAAUAAUCGCUCGUGAAUUUAAGACAAAACGGGGAUCAUCAGCGACACAAGAAGACACGAGAUCUGAAGACAAAAGACAGAAAGAGAGAGAAGAAGAAAAUACUUCUCAGAAGCUUGUGAGAGAUCUGAGGAUUGUUCUGCUGGGGAAGAGUGUGUCAGAAAACAGUCGAGUGGGAAACUUCAUCUUGGGGAAAGAUGUGUUUGACAGUGAAGUUCUACCGUUCCAGCUGUGCAGUCAGAAAGAUGGAAGACUGAAGGACAGACAUGUGAUGGUCAUCAACAGUCCUCAGCUGCUCCACACACACAUCUCAGUUCAUCAGAUCACACAGACCGUGAGAGAGUGUGUGUCUCUGUCUGAUCCAGGACCUCAUGCCUUCAUACUCGUACUGCAGUAUGAAGACUUCACUGAGGAGGACAUGAGAAGAGUGAAAUAUGUGCUGAAACAAUUCAGUGAAGAGGCCAUUAAACGCACUAUUGUGAUCACGACUGAUAAAGAGUCAUACAUAUCAUGGGGUUAUUAUUUUGAGAAUAAAUCGAUUCAUGAGUUAAUAAAGGAGUGCGGAGGAAGACAUCUGCAGAUUGAUGAAAGAAACCCAGAAUGGUGUUCUGAGAUUUUCAAGAGUGUUGAUAAGAUAAUCGAGGAAAACCAGGAAGACUAUCUCACAUGUGAGAUAUUUCAUGAUGUUAAAGAAUCAUCGGUGGAUGAAGAGCCGAGCAGAUCUGAGGAAGAAAAUGAGGAGCAUUAUCAAGAAAAUGAUGGAAAACCCAAAGAAAGACAGAAAGAGAGAAGUGAUGAAGUGUUAGAAAACAUCUCUGGAAAACAGAAGCUGAACCUGGUGCUGUGUGGAAGUGAUGGAUCACUUACAGUCUCUGUUUCCAAACUUUUACGAGGGAAAACAUGCGAUCCUUCACAUCAGAAGGCGAACAGUGAAGAGUGUGUGAAGAUAGAGGAGAGGAUACAUGAUCGUGUGAUCAGUCUGGUGGAGCUUCCAGCUGUCAAUCAUCUCUCAGAAGAAGAAGUGAUGCGUCAGACUCUCCGCUGUGUGUCUCUCUGUGAUCCUGGAGUUCAUGUUUUCCUCAUCAUUAUUCCUGUUGGUCCACUGACUGAUGAAGACAAAGCAGAAAUAGAGAAAAUCCAGAAGAUAUUUGACUCCAGACAGCACUUUAUGGCGCUCUUCAUCUCAGAUAUCAGUGUUGAAGAUCCAGUGACAGAGUUUGUCAAAUCCAGCACAGAUUCUCGGAGGUUAAUCAGUUUCUGUGGAGGUCAGUACAGAGUGAUGGAGUUAAAGGAGUCUGAAAACUCACGACAGAUCCCAGAACUACUGGAUUACAUAGAGAAGAUGAAGACUGAACCAUAUUCACUUCAGAUGUAUGUGAAAGCUCAAGAGAAGAGAAUCAAGCAUGAAACAGAGGAGAAAUAUAAAGAAGAACUGGAGAAACUGGAGAAUGAAAAUAAAGAAUUAAAAGUGAGGAUUCAAUCAGAUGGAGCUGAAUGUGAAUCAGAUGAUCAGAAGUGUCUGAGGAUUGUGCUGAUCGGGAGGACAGGAAGUGGAAAGAGUGCAACAGGAAACACUAUUCUGGGAAGAGAGGAGUUUGUGAGUAAAGCAAGAUCAGAUUCAGUAACGACUGUGUGUGAGAAGAGAGUUGGUGAAGUUCUUGUUCGAUCAGUCGCUGUUGUUGAUACUCCAGGACUCUUUGACACAACACUGUCAAAUGAUCACGUGGUGGAAGAAAUAGUUAAAUGUGUUUCAAUGUCGUCACCUGGACCUCAUGUGUUCGUCAUUGUGUUGAGUGUGGGAAGAUUCACCAAAGAAGAAGCAGAAACUGUAUCUCUGAUAAAGAAGAUCUUUGGACAUAAAUCUGCUCAGUUCAGCAUCGUCCUGUUCACUAGAGGAGACGAACUUAAGGAUGAAUCUAUAGAGGAUUAUUUGAGGGAAAGUAACUCUGCAGAACUGAAGAAACUGAUCAAAGAUUGUGGAAACAGAUUCCUGGCUUUUAAUAAUGGAGAAAAACAAGACAAAACUCAAGUGACUCAACUAUUAAACAUGAUAGAAGAAGUGAGAAACUCUAAUCAGGGUCGAUACUUCACUAACAGCAUGUUUGAGGAGGCAGAGAUGUCCAUUAAAAAGAGAUUUGAUGAAAUAAUGAAAGAGAGAGAGAGAGAAAUUCAGGCUCAGAGAGAAGAAUUACAGGCCAAAUAUGAGAUGGACAUGAAAAUCAUGAUGAAGGGACUCGAGGAAGAGAAACAAAGAGCAGACGAGGAGAGAAAGAAAAUGGAGAAUCAAAUCAGAGAAAAAGAGGAGAAACUGAGAAGAGAGUUUGAAGAGAAAGAGAAAACAGAACAGAAGAAACGAGAGAUUGAAAACCAGAAACGAUCAGAAGAGGAAAAACAGAGAAAAGCUGAAUAUAAUCAAAAAAUAGAAGAGAUGAAGAGAAAAAAUGAAAAUCAGAGAUUACAGUAUGAAAAACAGCAAAAAGAAAGAGAAGAAGAAGACAGAAAGAGAGAAGAGAAAUACAGACAAGAUCAAGAAAAGAUGAAACAUGAACAAGAACGAAUUACAGCAGAAUUACAGAAAAAGCAAGAAGAGGAAACUAAAAAGAGAGAUUUGGAGGAAAAAAGGAGGAGGAAAGAAGAAGAGGAAGAGAGACAGAGAUGGGAAAGAAAAAUAAAAGAGGCUGAAAGCGACAGAAAAGAUAUUCAAGAGGAAAUUAAACGACAGCAGAGAGAAUGGGAGGAUAAAAAUAAACGCCAGAUGAGAGAACGAGAGGAAGAAGAAAGAAAGAGAAAAGAGAAACACGAAGAACAACUGAGAGAAAAACAAGAAGAACAGGAGAAAAUGAGAAAGAGAUUUGAGAGAGAGAGAGAAGAAGAAAGACAGAAGAUACGAGAGAGAAAAGAGGAGUGGGAGAAAAGAAAACGAGAAGAUGAUGAGAGACGAGAAGAAGAGAAAAAGAGAUGGAAGAAAAUGAUUGAAGAUCUGAAACAAGAACAAGAUGAAGAGAACAAGAGAAGAGAUGAAAAGGAUAAGGAGAGAAAAGCAAGUGAAGAGAAAGAGAGAGAUGAAAUUAAAAAGGCAUAUGAAGAGAAAAUAAAAAUCAUAAAGAAGAAACAUGAAGAUGAAGCCAGAAAACAAGCAGAAGAAAUGAAUGAUUUCAGAGAGAGAAAAGAGCAGCACAUUCAGGAGCUCAAAGAGAUGCUGGAAGAACAUCAGAGACAACACGAACUACUGGAGAAACUUUAUCAACACCUGAAAGACCACAGAGAAGAAGAAAUAAAAGAGCUAAAAAAUCAGAAAGAAGAAAUGAAAAAGCAACAUGAUCAGAAAGAAAAAGAAAGAAAAGAGCUACUAGAAGAAAUUGAAAAGCUGAAAAAAAGUGAUUGUGUUAUUCUGUGAUUUUCAAAGCAUUUUAAACAUAAUAAUGUGAGUUAAGAGAGUAUUACUUCAGAGUGAACAGAACUGUGUCCAUGGCAACGCUCUGUUUGUCAAUGGUGAGUUAUACUUAGCAGCGAAUACAUUAGAAUUCAACCAAACCAUGUAAUAAAAUCAUUUAAUCAUUAAAGUCAUUCAAAUAUACAAUUAUUUUCUUGCUUGAUAUGCUUGCUAGUGUUGUUUGAUAAUAUGUUAGUAGCCUAUGUGUUCAUGAAAUACUUGUCUUCAUGUGUUAAAGACAAUAUAAUCUAUUUCAAGGUUUUAUGAGAUGAUGAUCAGUUUGAUUGACACUUGAUGAAUUUGUGUUGUUCAGAUUAAUUAAACCGCGCAUUGAAACCGAAUAUUUCUCAAUAAACUGAACAUUUUUACUCUCAUUUCGUCUCCUGCUUUCUGCUUUUUCACGGCUUCCUCUAAAGCAGAGAGUCCGAGUGAAGAACAACAACAACAUAAUGGCAAACCUGGGGCCCGUUCUUCGUACGUUGCUUAAAACAUCCGAGAUCAAAUGAGACAUCCAAGAUGAUAUUAUCGUGCUCAUCAUGAUCCAGCUAAUUUGGUUCUUCGAACCCUCCUGCCAGUUAUGAUUAGUAUCCACAA